AUGGUCAAACUCCUCCAGCCAAGGGUCACACCACUGCCAACGGGCAUUGACCUAACAGGCAAGACAGCCGUUGUCACGGGAGCCAGCUCGGGACUGGGUCUCGAAUUAGCCCGACAGUUACUGCAAAUGCGAGCGUCGACCGUCGUUCUGGCCGUCCGCAACGUCGCCAAGGGUGAAGCAUGCGCCAAGGAUCUCCUUCAGGACCAUGAAGUCCAGAAGCUUAACCCCAAGCCUAGCAUCAAAGUGAUGGAGCUAGACAUGGACCGGUAUGACAGCGUGCAGCAGUUCGCCAAACAACUCCGCGAUGAAAUCCCGGUGGUCGAACUGCUCAUCCUAAACGCCGGAAUCAGUCCUGUAACACUUGAGCGGAGCCCUAACGGCCAUUCUCGAGCAGUGCAGGUUAACUAUCUUUCCAACGUACUGUUGAUAGCAGAGCUGUUGCCACAUCUCCAAGCGGGUGCUGAAAAGACCGGCUCGCCCGCGCGAAUCAGUUGGGUUGGAAGUCGGAUGCACGAGAGUCCGAGUCUCGAGAAGAAGAUGCCUAUAAAGGCUGAUGAGGGGGUGUUGGAACACUUGGAUAAGGAGGAGACUUUUGUUCCGUUUCAGCAUUAUGGGGAUUCGAAGCUGUUAUGUGCGCUGUUUAUGUAUAGCCUGACACCGCUUCUGGAUCCGAAGAAGGUUGUCAUCAAUAUGGUGUGUCCUGGUAUGGUGGAUACAGCUCUGAGUGAUGGGCUCCCGCUGCAUAUCCGCUUAGUGGCGAAUGCUAUUAAGGCGAUUCGGGCCCGUGCUGUGGAUGUGGGUGCCUGGUUGAUAUUGAAUGCGCUGUUGGUUGAGGGCCCGGAAUCUCAUGGCAGGUUUUUGGGCGAUAAGAUCAUCAUGGAAAAAGCCGCAUUUAUCGAGUCGCCGGCGGGUCAGGAGAUACAGAGCAAACUUUGGGCAGAGACGAUUGCAGAGAUGAAAACGCUUGUAGAUCUCCCUGUGGAGUAUGAAUAA